UGACCCUACGCGGCUCUGGAAGAAAAAGAGCAAACAUACAAAAUUGAGCCAACCCACCUUUGCAUCACGUGGUCUUCGCCACAUGCGUAGAAUUAGUAAACACUACCCUUUUCUACCGUCCUGCUCCUCAUUCCUCAGACGAGCAUUGCUUCUGCAAAUGGGUGUGCGUUUCUUCUCCAUCUUCAUCCUCUUAGCCAUCACUCCUUCACUCUAUGCUCAAGAAGACGAUGCACAAUUUACGGAGUGCACUCCUCCCUUCACUUGCGGCGGCUUCGAUAACCUUUCUUAUCCUUUCUGGAGCGACGAUCGACCUCAAUAUUGUGGGGAGGAGGGUUUCAAGCUUAGAUGCAAUGAAACUGAUCGGCACCCUGUUAUAGAGGUUAAUGGGGAAGAGUUCCAAGUUCUCAGAAUCAGCCAAUCAGCCCAACUCCAGAUGACCAUUUCGCGAAUAGACUCCGGCAACGGUUCUUGCCCCACGUCCUGGGAUUACAGUCUCUUUCAUCCAGCUGAAACUGUUGUGAAUAUGACUCUGGUCGGUAGCUGCUCUAAAUUGCCUCGCUUAAGGGGAAGCAACAAUGCUUCACAAAGAAUUCAGUGCACCUCUGGUGGUAAGCCGACAUUCUACUUGUUCUUGGGGGAGAACGAGACAAAUCCCACGGAUUGUGGAAAUAUAGUUGAAGUUCCUGUUCAAAAGAAGGGCCUUGAUGAAUUCAACUCAGGAACUGUGGGUUUAAGUGAAUUGUUAAGGACAGAAUUUGAUGUGGAAUAUCUUGCGAACGGGGAUUAUUGUUCGAAAUGCUUCAUGUCAGGUGGAAGUUGCGGAUCCAAUUCGACUUCAUCAUCACAGAGAUUUGUUUGCUUCUGCCCUGACGAGCCUUACGAUUUUAAAUGUGGAAAUUCUGGAAGGGAGGCAUCUUUUGCUGCAGAAAACCGUAAGCUGAUUAUAGUUGUCACCACUAUGGGAACUGGAGUAUUGCUUACUUGUAUCUUGAUGAAUUUUCUGAAGAAGAAGAAGUCUCCUAUAAUACCAAUGGGGGUUUUCAAGAAGGUAACAGAAACUGACCGAGAUAUUGAGGAUUUCAUCAAAAAUCAUGAGAGUCUAGCUCCCAAAAGAUACAGUUUUUCAGAUGUGAAGAAAAUGACUAAUUCAUUUAAAGAAAAACUUGGCCAAGGUGGUUAUGGAGAUGUGUACAAAGGGACUCUACCGGAUGGCCAUCUAGUAGCUGUGAAAGUCCUAAAUGCAUCCAAAGGGAAUGGGCAAGAAUUUAUCAAUGAGGUGGCAAGCAUUAGUAGAACUUCUCAUGUUAAUGUUGUUACACUUCUAGGAUUUUGUUUACAGGGUCAAAAGAGAGCUUUGAUCUAUGAGUUUAUGCCAAAUGGAUCUCUAGAAAAGUUCAUCUUCAAGAAGAGCACUUUGAAGGCCAAUCAACACUUGGGAUGGGAAAAAUUAUACCAGAUUGCAAUUGGAAUAGCUCGAGGGCUUGAGUACUUGCACCGUGGAUGCAACACAAGGAUUCUCCAUUUGGACAUAAAACCUCACAACAUUCUUCUUGAUGAAGAUUUUUGCCCAAAGAUUUCUGAUUUCGGUCUCUCAAAACUAUGCACUCGAAAGGAUAGUAUUGUGUCAAUUCUGGAGGCUAGAGGGACAAUUGGUUAUAUAGCUCCGGAAGUCUUUAGCAGAAACUUUGGAGCUGUUUCACAUAAAUCUGACAUCUACAGCUACGGAAUGAUGGUCUUGGAAAUGGUUGGAGGAAGGAAGAGCUCUGAAAUGGGACUAAUCGAUAGCAGUGAGAUAUAUUUUCCUCACCAGUUUUACAAGGACCUAGAACUAGCAAAUGAACUUGAAUCGCAAGGUCUCAGGACCACAGAAGAAUCUGAAUGUGAGAAAAAAAUGAUACUGGUCGGCCUCUGGUGCAUCCAAACAAACCCUUCUGAUAGACCAUCGACAAACAAGGUGAUCGAGAUGUUGGAAGGGAGUAUAGAAGCCUUGCCAAUUCCACCCAAGCCUUUCCUGUCUUCUCCUCCAGUGUCACCGCUAUCUUCUGCCACCGCAUCCAUGUUAGUAUAAUUUAAAUACUUUUUGUUCCCAUUGAGUGGGUUUAUGUAACUGAAUAGUGCCAUUGCCAGUCUUUAUGUAACUGAUAUAGUGCCAUUACCAGUCUCAUGGAUGGUUCAUGUAUUAAGAUAUUAGUAGAAAACCAUGUUAUGUAGUAUUUCAUGUAUUUGCAAGAAGUAAGCUCUAUUCUUUAAAUUC